AUGGCUCUCCGCCGCCUCGCCCGCGUGCCGGCAUCCUCCUCCUCCUUCCUCCGGUCCUUCUCUGCCGUUGCUCCACCCUCGGGGGACACCUCGUCGGCGCCCCCGUCCAACCUCGCCCACCACCUGCUCGACGAAUUCGCUCGCCCGCGCGCCUCCCGCGACGCGGACCGCCUCCGCCGCCUCGCCGCCCACCUCACCGCUCCGGCUGUCGAGUCCGUCCUCGUGCGCCUCCCCUCCUGGCGCCACGCGCUAGACUUCUUCAGCUGGGCCGACGAGCAGCCGGGCUUCCGCCACUCCUGCUACUCGCUCAACGCCAUGGCCUCACGCCUGCCGCGCCACCAAUCCGCUCACCUUCAACGCCUCGCCACUAGAGCGCUCGCCGCGGGCUGCUCCAUGACGCCCGGCGCGCUGGGGUUCCUUCUCCGCUGCCUCGGUGCCGCCGGACUUCCUGACACCGCCGCGCUCGUCUUUGACGGUGCGAGGGUGCACCUCGGCUGCGCGCCCAACUCGUACACCUUCAACUGCCUUCUUGACGCCCUGGCCAAGGCAGGCCGUGCGGACGAUGCGGAGGCAAGGCUCCGGGAGAUGGUGGCGACGUGUGGUGAGGCAAGUGUUGAUAAGUACACGCUCACCUCGCUCCUGCAGUGCUACUGCAAUGCAGGUCGUCCAGAUGGCGCCGAUGGCGUGUUCCAGAGGAUGAGCCAGUGUGGUUGGGUGGACGAGCGUGUGCUCACGAUGCUGGCGGUGUCUUUCAGCAAGUGGGGAAAAGUGGACGGGGCGGUCGAGCUGCUGGGGAGGAUGGAGGCACUGGGGAUGAGGCCAAGUGAGAAGACAUUGAGCGUGCUUGUCCAUGGGUUUGUAAAGCAGCGCAGGGUCGAUAAAGCCAUUGAAAUGUUUGACAAGAUGGCCGUUUAUGGGUUUGUUGCCGAUUUGUCGAUGUACAGUGUGUUAAUUGAGGGUCUCUGCAAGGACAAAGAAACAGGAAAAGCACUAAAAUUAUUUGAGGACAUGAAGGGCAGUGAGGUUGCUCCUGAUGUCCGCUUGCUCAAGAAGAUGGUUGAGGCAUUCUGCGAUGAAGGAGAUUUUGCCAUUGUUGGCCCGUUUAUCAAUGAAAAUGCUGCGCAGUUGAAGCCUAGCGGUGUUAUCGCACUGUACAAUGUGCUAUUAGAAGGACUUGUUAACCACGGGCAGGUAGAAGCAGCUUAUCAGUUGCUCACCUCAAUGAUAUGUGGUGUUCAGGAGAUUAGUGAAGGUUUGACUGCUGGUGCACAUGUGGUUGAUACUGGUCAGGUUGUUAAGCCAAACUCCGAUUCCUUCAACAUUGUUGUGUGUGGCCUUUGUAAGGUUAAGAAGCUGGAUGAUGCCUUAGCUCUUAUAAAGGACAUGGUUAGCUUUGGCUGCAAGGGAAAGCUAUUGAUGUUUAAUGAUUUGAUCUAUGAGUUGUGCAAUUUAGAUAGGUUAGAUGAAGGAUACGAAUUGCUUAACCAAAUGAAGGAUCUUCAUGUGAUACCCUCGGAGUUCACAUACAAUUCGUUAUUUUAUGGCAUUUGCAGGAGAAAAGAUCCAAAUGGUGCUCUUGAUUUACUGAGGGAGAUGCGCACAAAUGGACAUAAACCAUGGAUAAAGAACUGCACAGAGAUGGUGCAACAACUUUGCUUCAGUGGCAGGAUAACAGAAGCCCUUGAAUUUCUAGAACAAAUGCUCAAAAUGGGUUUUCUUCCUGACAUAGUGACAUACUCCGCUGCCAUGAAUGGACUGUGUAAAGCCGGUGAGGUGGACAAUGCGUUAGGGAUCUUCCGUGACAUUUCUGCCAAAUAUUAUCUUCCUGAUGUGGUAGCACAUAAUAUCUUGAUAAAUGGGUUUCGUAUAUCAGGUAAAUUGAAUGAGGCACAAGAAAUUAUGGAGGAGAUGUUGGAGAAGGGCCUGUUUCCUUCUAUUGUUACCUACAACCUUAUGAUUGAUGUUUGGUGCAAGUCUGGAAAUAUUGAAAAAGCCGUUGAUUGCUUAAAUAAAAUGGUUGAUGAAGAAGAGUCACCAACAGUAGUUACAUAUACAAGCUUGAUAGAUGGACUCUGUACUGCUGGAAGACCUGACGAAGCCAUUGGUUUGUGGCACAAAAUGAGUGAUAAGGGUUGUGCUCCAAAUAAGAUAGCCUAUAGCGCUUUUGUAAAUGGAUUGUGCAAGUGUGGUCGAGUAGAGACUGCACUGACCUACUAUGAUGAGAUGAUGACGAAAGGUUUUGAGUUAGAUACCUUUUCCUCCUUAUAUUUUAUAAAUGGUUUGAUAUCAAAUGGAAAUGCCACUAAAGGAUGUGAGCUUUUGAAAGAGAUUCUCCAAAAAGACAUGACACACAGUGAUGAUUUGAAGAUGGUAGGACUAGUAAAUAAAGCAGUUGAAGAGCUUUCUAAAGAUGGAAGAACUUCUCCAGAUAUCAGCAUACUUGUAGAGAAAGGUUUAAUUUCAAGGGCUCAAAUUAUGCACAAGAAAGAUGAAAACAACUGACAUCUGGUGCUGGCAUGAGUUUUGGAUGAGCCAUGGUGUCAGCUCUAUGGUGCCAAGUUAUGCAGAUUGUUCAUUGCUUCGAUCUACAUGCCUUUUUGUGCAUUGAACUACUUUCUGUUGGAAGAUUUUUCUUCAAGGAUCUUUCUUGAAGUAACAAUGGGCUAUGGUUUCAGAUGGUGGGUUUUCUGAUAUUUUGGACUAGAAAUAUUUCAUGAUGAGUGAACGCAUGCACAUAAAAGUCCUCAAUCUCAAACUGUUUGAAUACUAUUUUAUGACUCCAAGUGUGCUCACUUGAUGGUGUCUGCAUGGAGUCGGAGGGAAUGUUUGUGUUUCGUGGGCUGAUCAUACGUCCACCAUAUAGUGAUUGUGGGGGAUCGACAUGUACCAACUACAGUUGCCAGGAGCAGAAGUAUCAAAUGUUCCUUUGACCAUCGUUGUAGGAACAGCGACAGCGGAAUCUGAUGAGACUUGCCCUUUGAAGAUAACUUCUACUGUAUGCUGCUAAAAUGAUUUAUAAAAGAGAGGGUAAAUAUUGCCGAUAUAGCAAAUCCACAGUUUCACAGUUAUCACCGUACAGAGAAGAAUAUACCUCUGAUCCCUGAGUAGCAGUUGCUUUAUUUAUAAAACAGGGCGAAAGCCUAUUUGGAGGAGGAGGAGGAUCCCUGAGUAGCAGAAUACACAGU